GGUCAACAGUUAACACAUUUUAGUAGUUUAUUUGGCUAAUGUCAUUUAACUUUUACGAAAUAAUUACAUUUUAUUUAAAAGGAGAAGGCACAGAGACAUGGAUGGGGUGCCACUAUCGACCCUGGUGUUUUUGUUCUGGCUGGCAAGUGGGACAACAUCCAGGGUGGUCUCCAGAGUGUUUGGGAUGUCUCUAUCCACAGUCCACCGCAUCGUCCACAGAGUCACUGAGGAGGUGGUGGCCAUUUGUCAUCAGGUCCUCCACCUCCCAAAGACCCCAGAAGACCUGGAGGCGGUGUCUCGCAGGUUUGCAGGGCUGGCAAGACACCGAGCCUUCAGGAAAGCAGCUGGGGCAAUCGACGGCUGCCAUGUCCACAUCAAGCUAUCAGGCGGCCCUGGUGGUCGGUAAUACAGGAACAGGAUGUUUCCUUCCAUUCUGCAGGCUGUGUGUGACCAUCAGGGCCGCUUUGUUGACACAUACGUGGGCUGGCCUGGGUCAGUCCACAACUCCAGAGUGCUCUGCUACAGUCCACUCUACUGGCGGUCACUCUAACCUGCUCCAGGGCACUUCCUCCUUGCCGACUGGGGGGUAUCCAUGCCUCCAACAUCCACUCCCCCUCAUCACUCCCUACAGGAUGACUGUACAAGGUGUGGGAGCCCAGCGCUUCAACAUCCCUCACUGCUGGGCACACUCUAUUAUAGAGCGUGCUUUUGGGUUGAUGAAGGCCAGGUUCCUGGGCCAUCUUCCUUCAAGUGCUGGAGGUGCACUACACCUUGGUACCUUACGUCAUAACAUCAUGUGCCAUCCUCCACAACAUCUGUCUUAGGGCUGGUGACAUUGUGGCCCUGGAGGAUGAGCCUAAGGAGGAUGUGGCAGAGGAUGAGGGGAAGAAUGAGGCAGUAAGUGGUGCUCCCUGGCGUAACCAGCUAACUGCAGAGGUGUCUGCCCUGGAGGAGGGACCACGAUUAUU